GGGCCGGGGCCGGGGCCACCGGCGGCUCCCGGGCGGUCCGGGCUGUGCCGCCGCCGCCCGACCUGCACGGGGAAGCCUUUCCAACAGGCCAUCUGUGGAAAAGAAGAAAGAGAAAAAAAUGAAGCACUUAUUCUUAAUAUUUCUCAUGAAUUUAUUACAUCAGCAUGCUGGGAAAUCUUUGAGAAGAGAUGGAAGUUCCCUGAAGUCAUUUGAAGACAUUAAAAAUGAGAUAGCUGGCUAUACUGAUAUUGCUAAGGCUAUUAUUGAUCUCGCUGUUCAUGGAAAGGCUCAGAACAGAUCCUAUGAUAGAUUAGCAGUUUUUGCUGACACCAUAGGACCUAGACUCAGUGGUUCAAAAAACUUAGAGGCAGCCAUCAAAUAUAUGUUCACUGCCCUGCAGAAAGAUGGGCUGGAAAAUGUGCAUCUAGAGCCUGUGAAAGUACCACACUGGGAAAGAGGAGAAGAGUUUGCAGUGAUGCUGGAACCAAGGAAUCAUAGCAUUGCUAUUUUGGGACUUGGGAACAGUAUUGCCACUCCUCCAGAAGGAAUUACAGCAGAAGUCAUAGUUGUAGCCUCAUUUGAUGAACUGCACAAACGAGCUCAGGAGGCCAAGGGGAAGAUUGUUGUCUACAACGAACCUUUCAUCAGUUAUGGUGAAACUGUGCAAUACAGGUUACAGGGAGCAGUGGAAGCUGCUAAAGUUGGAGCAGUGGCAUCCCUCAUUAGGUCUGUUGCUUCUUUUUCUAUUCACAGUCCACAUACUGGGGAGCAGAGUUACCAGCCUGGUGUACCCCAAAUUCCCACUGCCUGCAUCACUGUGGAAGAUGCUGAAAUGAUGUCACGAAUGUCUCUCCGCGGCACUAAGAUUGUUGUGCACCUGAGGAUGGGAGCUAAGACUUAUCCAGACUCUCUGUCCUUCAACACUGUGGCAGAGAUAGUUGGAAGCAAGUACCCAGAGCAGGUUGUAUUGGUCAGUGGACAUCUGGACAGCUGGGAUGUUGGGCAGGGAGCUAUGGAUGAUGGCGGUGGAGCAUUUAUAUCAUGGGAAGCAUUAUCGCUCAUUAAGGAUCUGGGACUUCGUCCAAAAAGAACACUGCGCUUGGUGCUAUGGACAGCAGAAGAGCAAGGAGGAGUAGGUGCCAAGCAAUACUAUCAGUUGCACAAGGAAAAUAUCUCCAACUUUGAUAUCGUUAUGGAGUCUGAUGAGGGCACUUUCCAGCCAUCUGGACUGGGUUUUUCUGGCAGUGCUGAAGCCCGGGACAUCGUGAGGGAGAUCAUGACUCUGCUGCAGCCCAUCAAUGUUACAGAUGUUUACGACACUGCAGAUGGAACAGACAUCUCUUACUGGAUGAGAGACGGCGUGCCUGGUGCCAGCUUGCGUAAUGACAUCAAUAAAUACUUCUGGUUUCAUCAUUCUCAAGGGGACACGAUGACAGUUCAGGAUCCAAACCAGAUGAAUCUCUGUGCUGCUGUUUGGACUGUUGUCUCCUAUGUAAUUGCUGACAUGGAGGAUAUGUUGCCAAGGUAAUAAAACAGCAAGAAAGAGUAUUUCUGUUCUUCAGUAAAGAUUGUAAGUCCACUAAUGCAUGUGGACUGCAGCUGUAGUAAAUCCUCGUACCCUUGGUUUUCUGCAUUAUUAUUAUUAUAUCUGUUUUCCUCAAAACGCACUCUCUUUUAUGCAUUCCUGAUUAUUUUUGCUGUUUUGAUCUCUUCCAUUUGUGAUUUUCACUUAAAUGUGUUCCUUUACAUACUUCUUGUAUUUCAGAUGAAGAUAUGAUUGACUAUGAUAUAAUACCCAUUUGUAUGCACAGAGAUCAUGUGCAGCAGGAAAAAUAUACAAAAUAAAAUUUUUGCAUCAGA